AUGGAUCUCCGGUCCAUGCUGAACGCCUCGGACGGCGCGGCCGCGGCUGCUGCGCAGGCCAAGUCGCAACAGAUGCGCGAGCCAUCGACCCCUGUGCAGGCCAUGCCGCCGCAGUUCCGCGACUACAGCCAGUCCACGCAGGCAUCGCCUAGGAGGUCUGCCUCCCACGACUUCCCGCCCCAGCAGCAUACCCCCGGCCCGGCGCCGUACGCAUCGCCGUCUUCAGCGUACCCGCCCUCGGCCGGAGGAGGCCCGUAUGGAGGUAGGCCCGGGCCGCCGCCCCAGCUCGUCACGGGCCACGACCCGCGCUCGCCGAGCAUCGGCGCCGCUCCCUCUCCCUAUCGGCACACGCCCACGGGCUCAAUGAGCGGCGUCGCCGGAGGCUAUCCGUUCCCGAACACAGGCCCGCCCGCGCCAGUGAGUCCUGUGCAACGGCACCAGCAGUACGCGCCCACUGGCGCGUAUCCGCCGAGAGACAGCUACUCUCAGCCCCCCGGCGCCUCCGUCGCUGGUGCCACAGGCCAGCCUGCCCAUCCUUCGUAUAUGCAAGGGCCGCCCCAGACACCUCCCGUGGGCACCCCCGGCGGCCCGAAUCCAUACCUGCACCAGCGCUCCCAGUCCGCGCAGUCGACGCCGACGCCGACCUCCGCCCAGAGCCAGCACCAGUAUGGCCCCCCGUAUGCUCAGGGCAGCCCAGUGGUGUCGCACCAUCCGCCGCCGCAUCAGCAGCAGCAACACUCACAACCGCCUCAGGAUCAGAUCAGACAUCCCUCACAACCACCCACACCACUAGGCCCACCUCUCUCUACCCAGCGCCCCCCCUCAAUACCGGGAGGCUACGCACAACCACCGAGCCCUUACCAACAACGCAUCGCCUCCACCGGCUCAUAUCCUCCUCACCUUGCCACCCACCCUUCACCCGGCCCACCUCCACCCCCGUCGGUGCCACGAAUGCCCAGCAGCCACAGCACGUACGACCCGACCGCUGAAGCGCACAGGAGGUCUAUCUCACAAAGCGAGCGCGGCCGAAGCGUCAGUAUCAGCCCCAAGACACGCGUGUCGAGCCUGCCCAGCAGCACCGGUCACCCCGUGCCCGACUCAGACCCGCGUCACGCCAGAGCCAUGUCGGGCGUCGAACCCGACCGCGACCGCGCUGUCACGCCGGCGAAGCGAAAGAUGGACGAUAGAGAUCUGGGGUCAGACGAGAUCGACCCGCGCGAGCCGCGGCCGGCACCCUUCCAGGGCAUCAACGGCUCUCACGUGCCCUCCCGCAGCGGCCCGCCGGCGGCCAUCUCGUCGCCAGUCGCCCAGCGCAGGAGAAAGAUCCGCUACAGGGAGCCGCCGGUGUGGGCGCGUGCGUUCGAGCACGGUGCGCAGCUCAAGAAGGCCAACUACGUCGUUCGCAAGGGCGGCGGACAUCACCCGCAGGUGAACGGCAGGUCAGACGGCGACAGGGAGCCGAGCAGGCAGACCUCGCCCGAGGCCGGGCGCACGGCCACCAGCCAGCCGCCUCCGGCGAAGGUCACCAAUCCCAAACUAGCUCUGCUUGGUGGCGAGUGGGAAGAGUGCAUCACCGGCCAGAAGCCGUACGAGGAGUUUACGAGGCGGGUCGCCGACUUCUUGUUCCUCAACGUGGUUGCCAACCCCAACUUGCGUGAGAUUAUGAAUCGCGGCGUGCAAUUCGAGAUCGAGGCCAAGCUCGGCAUGUUGGUUAGUAAGAAUACCAACGGCCGGUUUGAGCUGCCCGUCACGUCGGAGUGCAUCAUCCGCGAGGAUGCCGAGAUUGCGUUUCGUAGUAGCAUGAGCGAGGCGCUAAUGACACUGUUUCUUUCGCAUCCGUCACAGGCACAACACCAAGCCUUCAACGGGUUCCUCAACACCGUGGUGCAGCAGACGCACCCGGACAACCCGGAGAACAAGGGCCGCGAGAAGCCGCGCGCGCAGGUGCGCUACAAGCACUCGCGCGAGAAGGACUGCUUCUUCGAGCUGCCGCCGGCCCUGCAGGACCGCCUGCCGGGCUGCGUGCGCGGGCUGUUCCCGACCAAGCACACGCCCGCCGUGCGCGUGACGUACGACCAGGCCGACGGCACGGUGACGGCCAAGAUCGUCAAGGCGAAAGUGGCGAACCUGCACGUCCACUUCCCCAUGUGGCCGCUCGACUGCCGGCUCAGCGUCAACCUCGAGAUGGACUGGGACGGCCCCGUCGAGGAGCUCGAGGCCGCGGUGAGCCAGUCGGCGCGGGAGCGCAAGCCCGACCGCAACAAGGACCGGCUGAGCUACAAGCAGGGCCACAUCCAGGUCGACCUGACGCAGGUGACGCACUCGGCGCGCGGACCGAACAAUACGGAGCGCGUUGAGAAGGAGCACGAGCUCGAGAUCGAGAUCAACCCGCAGAUUGUCAUCGAGCAGGGCACGCGGGCGCAGAACGGCGAGGAGCACGCCUACCAGGAGGUCGUCGAGGCGCUAGUCGACAACGUGCGCGCCCUGGCGCGCAUCGCGGCCGACUUUCCGUACUGA